AUGAGAGAGAGGCACGACCUUGAGGCUGUGGCACGGGAACUACAAGCUGGCCGUCUCCUCUGGGCCUGCAGUUCAUCACACGAUGCUGAGAACACUUCUGAAGAAACAUAUCCAUACUGUUUCCCAUUGCUGGUGCUGCAUAACUCCCAAGUGUGCCUCACACCAAAGCCUACACUGACACCCCAAAUACAGACACUUCUGAAUCGAGAAGCAAAAAGCGGUACAGUCGGUUUUAAAGAAGGAAAAAUUGUGAAAAAGUACAAAGAUGCCAAAGGUGUAUUGUUGGUUGCUUGUAAGACACACAACAGAACAGUUAAACAUCAAGGUCAAAGGAGAAGCUUUCUCUCCUUGCUGAAGAGCAGGCUGGGCACUCCUACGGCUAACCCCACUCUGAGGCCACUGGAGAGGAAGGCUCAGAGUUCUGUGACCCACAGUCAUGAGACACCCAGUUCCAAGGGCACUGUAGAGCCUGGUCUUGAUUUUCAAAACACCUCCAUCUGGACAGUCAGCGCCCACUUUCUCUUCCUCAAAGGGUACGAGCAAAACAAAGACGCACUUUUCUCAAUGAAAAAUGUUGCCCAGUUAGCAAGAAUCCCAAAAGACCCCGGAGAUGGACUUCAGAAAUGUCUUGUCUUCUCAGUGAAGGAUGGAUUUUGA